AUGCUGGCCGACGGCUGCGAGCACUGCGGGACCCCUCUGAUGAGGAAGCCAAACUCUGAGGACACCGUGUGCGUCACCUGUGAGGCCAGGCCGGCGCAGGCCGCACCUGCACCAGGACCGGGCUUGCAGGCUGAGAUCUCCGAAGACCUGAGCAGCCCGGGGUCGGUGCUCCAGGGCCCCACCCUGGCCCAGCGCAUUCAGCGUGCCGCCGAGGACGAGCGGGAGCAGGAGAUCUCACAGAGCCUGGCGGACCGCAUGCUCCAUGGCUGGACGCUGCUGGGCCAGUCGUGUCCGAUCUGCUCGACGGUGCUGGUCAGGAGCCGGGAGCGCCAGGUGUUCUGCGUCUCCUGCAAGAUGCCGGUCCGCCUGGGAAGCGAGGCGCAGCCAACGCAGUCUGGCCCGGCUGCUCGUCCGCCUGCCGCCGCCGAGCAGAUUGGCGAGGCGAGUACCACGUCCGACCAGUCUGGGAGCGGCGCCCUCCCACCCCUUGGCUCCCCUGAAGCAGCAGCGGCGGCGCGGGACGACCAAGCGGCCCCUGCUCAUGCCUCGCUACCGGACACCGGCAGCCAGCUCGAAGCUGGCGUCAUCAUAGCAGACGCCAAGGCGGCGGUGCUCCGGCAAAUGGCGCAGGCGACGCACCUGCUGAGCGGGGAGGACCGGGUGGAGGCGCAGCUGCACAUCAUCCAGGCUGCUGCGCAAGCCCUGACGGCCCUGAGAGGGUGCUAG